CGCCACCGGCCAUCUGCUUUUCGAGUCAUUGGUGCAGUGCCCGUGCUCUGGCCGCGGUGGUGACCGCGGGGGGAGCAGACCGCGGUGGCUGCGCCCCCCCAUGGAGCGGCUGGCCGAGCUCCUGGAGGACGACUUGGACGCGCUCGCCACGCGCACGAAGCGCCUCACGGCGGAGGAGCUGGAUGCCGUUUGCCAGUUGGCGGAGCAAGCCAUCCACAUGGGGAUCGAUUACAGAUCCUUGGGCAUCGGCUGGCACCACCCGGCCUCGCGCAGCGCCUACCGCGCGGGCCGGCACCGCUCCAUCGCCUGCGAGGCGUCGCGGCGGCGGGCGGCGGAGUCGCGGCAGCGGCUGCGGAAGCUGUUGGAGGCAGAUGAUCUACGGACGGGUCUAGUGCAGACCUUUGUCGCAGAGAUCGGCGCCGCGCGCAGCCCGCUGGCUGCCGUGGCCAGCUUCGAGGGCGUCGUGGCCGCGCUGCGCGGAGAGCUGCUGCUGCCGCUGCGCGCGCUGAACGAGUGCGAGUUGACACGGACCAUGAACGGGGCGCCGUUGCCCAGCAAGGAGCUGCGCAAGGUCACUGAGGAGUUGAUCAAAGCGGUCCUUGGCAAAGAGGGCGGCUUCCCCGACUGGCGCUACAACUCUCCCUGCGGCCAGGAGCAGCUGAGGGGCUUGACGCCGCAGCAGAUCGAGCACUGGCGACAGCCGACGGCCAUGGAGCACCGGAGAGGUCUGGUGACCCACGAAGAUGGUCCCGGAGAGCUGGGCUUCUUCUGGGCCACGAAGAUCGGAGGUCCCUCGCACGGCUUCGACUACGAGACGCAGUGCAUUUUGCCCUUGCUGUGCAAUGCGCGGCACAAGGUCAUCUUGGUGCACGAGCCCUCGUGGCCGACGCAUCCGGUGGGCCGGGCGCACUGGCGAUUUCUUUGGUCGGUGGGCAAGAACGGCAAGAAGGCGCCUUCGCCGCGGCUGUGGCUGGAGACCGUGAACGCCGACUUCGACGCGCCGGUGACGAAGGAGGGCUGGGAGCCGGCGGUGCUGAGCCACGCGAUUGCCAAGGCGGAGGAGAUGAAGGUCACCUUGUCGGUGGACACGAUGCUGGGCGAUCUCCUGCAACGGCUCCUGGACACGAGCGGCGCGACCGCGGUGGAGGUCGCCGAGCGGAUCCUGCUGCGGCCGAGCCACGCCAUCGUGGAGGCCUCGGAUUACCUCAGCCGCUCGGGUCGGACCGGGGAGGUCGACCGAGACUCUGACACGAUGCUGGGUGGGGGUUGGGUGGACAUCACCUACUAUGAGCAUGCACAGUACCACAGCGUGGCCUGCGAAGUGAAACCAACCUAUAGUUUUGCUUAAGGUGAUCCUUUAUUUUCUCUAUGGUUAUAUCAUGUUGAAUCCCCUUCUGGGUCUUUGUUCCAGGUUCCUUAAAUCCAAGAGUAGUAGGCUUUAUACUGCUUAAAAAACUGUUUUGCCAACCACGAGCCACCAUCCUCCGCUUUUCAGCCUGUGAACGGUGUCGCGGGAGAAACUGCCCCGUUGAGUCCACACACCAAUCUCUCGUCAGGGUGGUUUGGAUAUUGCUGGCAAUACCCGACCCACCCGUUGGAAUAGCUAGCAGCUACACUUUUCCAACCAAGUCUUAAGAGCGAAACGUUUGGUCAGUGGCCCAGCUGGAGUUUUCAGUCAGUCCCUCAGCCCCGUUCCCCGUUCGUUCCCAUGCUUUGCGUCUCAGGUUAUCAACAUGACUGGGUUCAAGACAAGGACGAGAUCACCGAGCCCAUCCCCCGGGCUCUCUACCAACCCGUGAC